UUGCCCCCGCGCGACGGAACCGUGGCUUCGAGUUCCUCCGAGGCCGCCACCGAGUCGGAAAACUCAUACAACAACGAGCACGAGCACUACGGCUACGAGUGCUACGAUUCAGCAUCGGAAAGCAAGCCACCGAGUUCUAUAACCACGCCGAUCCCUCGGAGAAACUCCCUCCCGCCCGUCUCGACCGUCUCCUGCACCAGCUCCGAGGCGGACUUGAGACACGUCUCGGCCAGCCACCACCAGUCCUUCGACCCGCCCAGCUACGACCUCAUCGUCAACCCGGAGUUCCUCGCCGAGAGGAGCUCCAACCACGAGGACACUCUCGAGCGGUCAGCCAGGAUUUACAGCGACACCGCGGCUAAAUCCACGCGAGCCUCGACCCCGGUGCCCCGGUCGAAGUUCACCGAGUCGCUGGAUCACCUGGACACCACCAGCGGCUCGCUCUCGUACCAAAGGCGUCGACGCGGCCAUCCACACCAGAAGCUGGACCAGAGCAAGUUCAAGGAGGGCUCUCGCGAGCACUACAUGGUUCCGACGCACGAGCCCAACCGGCCGACCAGCGACUCCCGCACCCUGUCGCUCUUCAACCCCGAAUUUCUGCCGAACUUCAACGACAUGUUGAUGUACGUCGCAAGACCCGAGCUUUCAGAUCUCAGCCACGUCUCCUUUCCCUGGAAGCACUCCCAGGUAGGUGGAAUUCCCUACGAUGACAACAAUCCCGAGCAAACAAUACCGGUGGAUCCUUCCCGGGGAUUUGGAGCCGGCACUCCCGAGAGAGAAUCCAGUUACGCCAGUUUGAACACCCUUCAGGAUCGUCUGAACCACGUAACUGGAAUUUUAGAGAGUAAGAUAAGAUUAGAGGGUAAGGAUAAAAAUUUAUACGGCACUUUGAGCAAGCGACAACAGCUCUUAGAUUCAGCAACUAAACCUGCGGCGGUUAUCAAGAAAGGGUGCAACACAAUCGAGUACAAUUGUUGAAUAACUUUUUGUGUGGUAAGCUAAGCUUUAUUGUCCCCUGAAUAAUGCUAAUGAGUGGGUCCUAAGUCGUCGAGAGGCAUUCUCAUGUGUAAGAGAUUUUAUUAAUUUUUUAUUUAAUAAUUGUUUUAUUGAAAAAUAGAAAAAAAAAAAAAAAUAUUAAGUAAAAAUACACUAUAUAUUAUUGAUAAAUUGAAUAAAGUAGGCGUGGUUGGACAUCGAGCAAAUAAAAAAGAGAGAAUAAAUAGUUAAAUGUGAUACGAAUGAACUGUGUUCUAGUAGUGGCCUGUUAGGUAUUUAGAUGAAGCUAAAUAAAUUUUUUAAUUGAAGAAAUAUUAAGAUAAUGAUUAAAAAUAUUAAAAUAAAAUUCGUUAUUAUGCGUAUUAACAAUAAUAAGCAUACUCAGCUGAUGAGGCGUGCCUUCCAUGUAUUUUUGUUGGCGUUUUGCUAGGUAAUGGAUAAUGGAUAUCGUAAAUAGAGAGACCGAUGCGGGAAUUAAAGGUAGUAACAACUAAUACUAAUAACAUAAGGAUAAUAAGGAAAAAGACAAGUAUAGAAAUAGGCCGUUAGUUAAAGUUAGUGAGACACGAGGAGGAUUCAACCAAGGAGGAGGAUAAAGAGUUGAUAGACAAGUUGAUAGUACUAUUUGUAUGUACGAGUGUAACCAGCUGGCGCAAGUUCAAUAUCGUAGGUAAUGAGAUAGCUGAUCGAAAGUAAAGCUGCAGUGAGUUUGCUGAAUGUGGAUAUUAGGAGGAGGAUACUCGCACGGGAGGAGGGGGGGGUGUACUUGUAUAAGUUACAAUCAUGGAUUAAUGGUAAUUGGUUCGAAUCGAUCGAGCCUAACAUCCAACUACUAUUAUACACCAUCUAACUAAACAGAUACCUCGAGAUGUAAUGGUGUUCCGAGUAGAGAAUAGAGGAAAGGGAUCACAAUCUGGAUCGGGAUCAGGAUCAGGAUAAUCGACGACGGUGUACCCGAUGGCUCACUUAUAUUAUAUCGUAAUCGGCAGGCUGUUAUGUAGUACUGGUUAUAUAUAAUACGAUACGGGGACUGGCCAACUAAACCCAAGUUGCGCUAAAUUCACUUUAACAUAUAUUAUGUAAAUAUUUAUAUAUUAUAUAUACAUAUAUUUUAACUGUAAUAGUAAGGAGUAGGAAAUAAGGACUAUUAAUUUAAUCUAAUAUCUCUAAUGUCUUCGGUACAGUAUUUUUAAAAACACAACUUCUAUCUCGACGGAAUUUUUAUUAAACGUUAUUUUUUAUUUUUAAAAAUCAUAUUAUAUGUGUAAAUAAAUAUUAUAAUUUAUCCGUCGAGAUAGCCGAUAGGUGAGUGGGGAUAGGCAUGCGUAACCACUUUUUUGUACAUCGCUUUUUAAAAUAAUAAUAAUAAUAAUCUAAUGCAAUGCAUUUUGCCUUUUACCUUCUCCUCCUCCUUUAUUCCUUUCACGGCACCUUACCCCCCUUUACUCCUUUAUUUCGUGCUGCUGCUACUGCUGCUGCGACUGUAUGGAAAUUUAUUAAAUAGCAUUCACAAAAGAUACAACCAGAAUAUGGCUCCUAUUUUACAUUUAUACUGAUACAUAUAAAUAUAUGCUUCUGGAGAAAUAAAUAAAGAGGGAUAAUAAAAUAAAUAAAUAAAAAGUUCAAGUUUUUAAAUAAAAAAACACAACAGGUAAAUAAAUUUAUUGCAAUAUCGCCAUGCUCUGGAUACCUGAAAGGGACAUAAAUUAAAAAUUUAAAUUUAUUCCCUAAGGACAUUCUGUCGCAGCCCUCCCCACCCACACCCCCUCCUACCCCAAGGGUAUCUCAUGGUGAUUUAUUGAGUGUAAGUAGUUUAAAGAUGAAUGAAAGAUAUUAAUUAGAUUUGUAGAAUUUACCGAAAAUUAAAUGUGAAAAAAAAAAUAAUAUUAUUAUUAUUAUUAAUUAACUACUGGAAAUUUUAUUUCGGGGCAUAUUCUGUAACUAUAUAAAUAAAUAGAUAUAUAUUAAUAUAAAUAUAAAUAUAUAUUUGACUGUACAUGUAUAAAAUGAUUUUAUUAUUAAAAUUCGAGUACCCCGGAAUGAUUACGUGUACAGAAUUAAAUAAAAAAGUAUUUGAAGAAAAGUAUAAAAAAAAAUGAUAUGAGGGACAAAAAUAAUAAGUACUAAAAUUUGUAAUUAUUAAUUAAUUAAUAGUUCUCGAUUAGCAUGAUCGAGUGAUGGAUUAUUAUGUAAUAAAAUAUUUUGUUAUUUUUAAAAAUUAAUUGACUAAAAAAUAUUAUUGCCUCGACGGUCAUUUGGAGUUUAUAUCUGCAUGCAAUUAUUCACAAUUGCGCAGCAGACUAAAAAUAUAAUUAUUUAAAUAGCAACAGUUAAACUUUUCGACGAUACAAUUGUAUAAAAAAUAAUAUUACAUUAUAUAUAAAUAUAUAUUAAACAGUAAUAAUUAAUAAUAAAAAAAAAAAAAUAUUUUAUUUACACGUUAGAAUAGCUGGAUGCCGUAUUUCAUGAUCCGUCGACGGAUAAUCUAUUGUUUCGAAUGAGUUUUUAAUAAAAUAUAUAAUCGCAACAUUCCAUUGAAAGCCAGGACUGCCAAUAGGUCGUCGCGACAGCAAGUUCUUAAGCGAAUAAUAUGAAAUAUUAAACAAUAUUUAAGUCUAAGUAAUCGCGAUUACGCUCAAGAACCAGCUGACGUAGAUCCGAUCGCUAAAAAAUAAAUAAAAAUAAUAUUUUAGUGGCCUUUUUGUAGACAAUUUAUAAACUGUCUUACUGUGCUUGUACAGAUCGUCGCGCGGAGUUGCACUGACCGGAUUAAUAUUAAUUACUUAGAAGAUAAAAUAUUUAAAAAUAUCGAUUGAAUUUUAUUACAUCUACGAUAAAUUUGGAUUUAAACUGGAGAGAGUUGAGCUGUAUACAACUGUCAAUUUAUUAAUAGAAAUAUCAAUUUUAUCAAGUCGAAUUUAUUGGGUAUUUUAGUUGAAUUCCGCAUUGCAUAUUCUGUACAACAAUAACGCAUUCAAUAUAAAACAUACGGACAAAAUGAAAAUAAAA